CAGCCCCCUCCCUUUCUUUUUCUCUCUCUGUGCUGUCCCUCUCUCUAUUACACAUAACAUUAAAUUUUAACAUACCAAAAAAUACACCAAAGGAAGAAACUUUUUGCACAUUAGCAACCGAUUUUGUUUCUGCGAUUGAUUUUUUCAUCAAGGCACUCAAUCACCGGUUCUGGGUUUGAAUUUGGGUUUGGAUUGUUUCGGUCUAUUCCUCUGCACAUUAACUUUUUGUUAUUUUGGAAGGGGAAAGAGUUGGGUUGUAAAAAAAGUUGUGGUUUUGCCUAUAUGUGUAUGAUCAAGUGGGUUGUACGGUGUUACGGUGGGGUCCUCGUGGGGAGGAAUUUUGGACGUGUUUGAGGGAUUGCUUGGAGGGAUUUUUCUGGGUUUUCAGAGUGGUUUUGUGGGUUGGAAGUAGAUUUCCGGAAUUUGUUUUAACUUAACUUAUGUUGGACUUCAGGAUAGGUUUAGAAUGGGUUAGGGUUUUGGGGAUUCUGUUUGUGAGUUUGUGAAAUUGAGUUUUAGGGUUUUGUUAUUAUCAAUGGGUUGGAGCAGUGGGCCUCCAAGGAUGGUGGAAGGGGAGGCUGACCUUGAAGAAGGUGAGGCGGCUGUUGAUGAUGAUAAAAGCAUCGACCUUGAAAGGGAUCUCUCUUACCUUGUAAGAGCUCUGUUCUGUUUGAUAUGUGUAAAAGUUGAGAUUUUUACUUCUUUUGUUGCUUAAUCUUGAAGAAGAAAGGGAUUUUUGAUACUAUUGCAAAAGACAAACAAACUAACUUAAAAAGAUAGAAGAUCACUUAUUGCAUUGAGUUGUUGGCUGGAGAACCCGUUUAUGGUCACUUAAUUAGUUAAUUGAAGUUAAUUUUCUUGAUGAUUUUAAGUAACCUGACAACAGAAUUGUAAUCUAGAGUUGUGGUUUUGAAACCUUCAAAUUAUAAGAACUCCCGUAAGGUUGUGUAGUAUGUUGAUCGGAAAUGUGGAAUUUAAUGUGGCAAGAAUAAAGUAGGUAUCUUUCUAGAUAGAAGCACCUUUGGAUUUUUUCUGCAAAUUGGCUUCUGGGACUGGAGUUUUUAUCCCUAAAUAGGGCUUUCUACCGUUGUCUGCCUCCUUCUACCUUGGAAUUGUGCACAGGUCCUAUGAUCUGCUGUUGUGAUUUCUUUUACUUCUUGAUAAGAUUUAGUAUGUAUUUGAAUUGGUUAGGAGUUUUGGUCAUGUUUAUCAUACUUUACGACUCUCUGUGAAGAGUUUUAGGUACCUCCACCCUUAAAAGAGUUUGUGUUAUCUACAAGUGGAAUUUAUGAUGAUGUUCUCUUAGUGCCUUGGUAAAAGGAGUACCAGUACUAUAUGAUUUUUGUUCGGAGGCUUGAACUUUUAGUUUUUGCAUUGAUCAUUUGGUGUUUGAUUUCUAACACGUACCACCCACAUUUAUCUGUAUGCAAAUUUGUUUUAUUAUGCUGCAUGUUUUCCAAUUUUUCCUUUCAAAAUGUUGGUGCCAGUAAUUCUGUGCUUUCUUUGCUGAAGGAUGAGAAGGUUCAAAGUGUUCUGGGCCAUUUUCAGAAAGAUUUUGAAGGUGGACUUUCCGCUGAAGAUUUGGGGGCAACAUACGGUGGUUACGGUUCUUUUCUGCCCACAUACCAACGGGCACCUAUUAAGUCUCAACCUAAGAGUCCACAAAGAGUUCAAAUUCACAGCAAUGCAAGGUCUCCUAUCUCCUUGCGUAGGGAGGGUAGUGCACAAACUGCAACUGCACUUCCUGAUGUGCCUUUUUCUCAGAGGAAGGGCACGGCUGCAACCUGUGGUAUGCAAACCUUCCAGGAAAUUAUGGUCCCGUCAGCAGAUAGUUCUGUCAGACAAGAUUCUUCCUUGGCUUCUGCUCCAGUUGGUGAAAAAUUUCCCAAGAAACAUCAACAGGCCACUGAUAGGCCAGUAGUUGUAAAUGAAAAGAGGACAUUAAAGUUUAGGAUCAAAGUAGGUUCUGAUAAGGGAACACAAAAGAAUGCAGCCAUUUAUAGUGGUCUUGGUCUAACAUCUCCAUCUUCUUCAACUGGAAACAGUCUUGGAGAAAGUGAAGGAAAUUUGUUUGGUUCUCGGGAAACUCCUGGCCAAUCAUUGUCCUCCAUUCUUCAGAUGCUGACUUCUGUUGUGGUUACCGGAGGCCUGCUUGUUUCACCUCUUCGUGAUCAUUUUCUUAGCUUUAAUAGUAAAUUUCCGAAGGAAAGUAAACCUGGGGCCACAAUCAUGCUUAAGCGCAAUAAAUCUGCUACCUCUGCUGAUGAUUCCACUUCCCUGUCGAGGGAAGAUUUACUGACAAAAAAGCCAACAGAAGUUAGGAAGAGUGACAUGCGCAAGGAAGCAAAAUAUGGGAAUGGAAAGGCUUUUGAGGAUGAUAUGCACUCUCGUUUAAAGGAUAGCUCUGGAGCCCAGAUGCUGCAAAACAAACAGUCCUUGGCUUCUGAUGUGCCUGAAAAACGUACAUCUGAGUCUGUGGAGGGCUCAGCCAAAGCCAUUGGAACUUCUCGAGAGUGUGAUGAUGGUGCUCUAUCUAGCAAAAGGGGGGUCAGUAAGGCUACAAUGAAGGAUAGGGAUACGGGGAACGAGUUAGUCAAUGGCGAGUCCCUCGAGUCAAUUUCUGGCCAAAACGGUGGCAAAUUUAACCAUCGAGAAGCUAAAGGUGUCUCAUUACAGUUGGCUAUGAAGAAAGAAAGGAUAAGUUCUCAGAAAGAUCUACCGAGUGGUUAUAGUGAAGGUCCCAGGGCAAAUGCCCAGAUUAAUCCUGCUUCUGUUAGAGGUGACACUGAUGUUUCGGAGGGCGAGGGAGAUUGUAAAGGGCAUGACAGUCUUCUGAUGCUGAAGCCUCGAAUGAAAACUUCUUCCAGUGAACAAGGUGAAUUGAGAAUGGUUGAUACAGACAGUAAGUUUUCAUUAGAAAAUAAAAAGAACUCAAAGAGAGCUGAAGUUAAAGGCAGAGUGUCCUCAAAUUCGGUUCUGAUAAGUAGGAAGGCUGGGGUUUCUGUUGUAGUAAAAGAAAAAGGUAUAAAGAGGGAUUCAUGUAAAGUCUAUGAGAGUCGUGAAGAUUUGUUAGAGACAAACUCUCAAAUAAGGAAUAAAGGAGUGGAUAUGUUGGAGGCCAACACCGGGGGUAGAGUGAAGGAACUAAAAUUGGAUACCGUGAAAGAAAAGAAUGCACAUGAUAGAUCGAAGGAGAAACUAAAGAAGUUUGAUGACUCCGGGAUAUCUGGAUCACUGCUGAAAGAUCCUCCAUCUGUUGGUCUUCUUCCUAAUACUGGGCCAAUUUUGGGUGGAGAACAGGCUGCAUCUGCUCCUGUUCUGAUUGAGGAGCAUUGGGUCUGCUGUGACAGUUGUCAGAAAUGGCGUCUUCUGCCCUUUGGUAUGAAACCUGAGGAUCUACCAGAGAAGUGGUUAUGCCGCAUGCUAAAUUGGCUGCCUGGAAUGAACCGUUGUGACAUUAGUGAAGAGGAGACAACUAAGGCUCUCCAAGCUUUAAGUCAGCUUCCUCCUCCGGAGAAUCAACCAGGUUUUCAAGUUCAUGCAGACAAGUCUGCAAGUGGAGUAUAUCCAGUUGAUCAACAGUUAGUGAACCAUAACAAUCAGAAUCUCAGUAUUGAUCACAUGCAUACUGGAAGAAAGAAGAUUCACAAAGCAAAAGAUUCAGUAGUCCCUUUCAGCAAGGUGAAAAACUUUCAACAGGAUGUGGUCAAAAGGGAAAGUUCAAAAGAUGGGAAACAGCAACUUUUGGCAUCAAAAACGAAUUAUAUACCAAGUAGUCACCAUUCCAAUAAGCCAGAAAUUGUGGUAAAAAAAGAGCAUUCUGAUAGGCAGAACCUGGAUUUUGUAACUGGAGGUGAUGCCAAACCAAAGAAAAAGGUCAAAAGAGAGUUGGAUCAGGAGGAUCAUGAGAUUCAGAAAAGAAUUAAAACUGAGAAUGCUUCUACCAUUGAAAACUUCCAUAAUUCUACUCCAUGCCAUGGCAGGCUGAGGUUCAGUUUGAAUAAUAUCCCAAUAACUAGGGCCUCUAUAAAAGAUGAGGAUUAUUUUCCAAAAGAAUUGAAAUUUGAUGCAAGGAAUGGGUUACAAAGUUCUACAAGGAAAUCAAGGAACGAUGCAUCAGGUUUACCGGACACUGAGCAACGGGGUAUGGUGAGAAAAUCUAAUGACAAGGAGAAACCUUCGAAGAAAAGAAAAUUGAAGGAUGGGAGAAACGAUUCAGAGAUUCUGCCCAGUGAAGGAAGUCAGCUUUGUGACAGAAAUGUUGCUGUCAAGGAAGAAAGCAGCGACAUUGGAUUCACUCGGAACAAAAAACCAAGGGUGUUGCAGACUGAUGGAAAGGACUCCGGGAGAAAUAAGUGUACUCCUGAUCUUAAAAGGAUGAAAACCAGAGUAAAAAUUCCUUCUCAAAUUACUAUGGAAGAUUUGGAGUCUCUGAAAAAAGAUUUGGGAUGUGACCCAGUGUCAACUGCUGCCACAUCAAGCUCUUCAAAGGUUUCUGAUUCCCGCAAAACUAGAAGCAGUUACCAGGAAAUGAAAGGAUCACCAGUUGAAUCAGUUUCAUCAUCUCCCAUUAGGAUGUUCAUUAGGAAUAAACUUUCACCAAAAAGUGCUGUCUUGGGGUUAGAUGAUUCCAAAGCAGGUGAGUUUCCGGCAAACAGAAGCCACAGAAACUUUGUUGCUGGAGAUGGUAAUUAUGUUUCCAAAAGAAAUGGGAUGCCUAAGAAGAGGCAAAGCUCUAAUGUGCUGCAACCAGAAGCUAAUGACAAUCCUUUGAUGAACUUGCUGGGGACUGGAGCUGAGGACAAAUUUCGUGGGGAAAGCAAAGUAGGGAUUGAACCUUCCACUUUGCACGGAAACAGCACUGACAAUAAUCCUGAUCUCUUGGAAGGACAUUCACCAUACCCCCUUGAUCUACGGGCUUCACAACUUGACAAAGAUAGGACCAAAAUCCAGGGUAGCAUUCAUGGGAUAUCUUUGAAGGCUUCCUCUUUUCCAAAGGACAAGAAGUGUAAUUUGAAUUCCUUAGGAGCUUUAGAGACAGCCUGUGACCAACUAAAUGCUCCAGGGGUCCUAAAUUUAAGGAGAAGCUCAAAGGUGGAGACAGAAACUCUUCGAAGUCAUGGUGCUGCCUCUGGUGUUGCCAACGAUGCAAAACAAACUUUUUUGGAUCAAUCCGGCUACAAAUCUGCCAAAGGUAAUGAGAAUGGCGUAAAGAGGGAGUCAAGAAAACUACCUGAUGGCAGUAGAGACGACAUUAUGCAAGCUGGAGAGAGAACUGGUUCGGGAUUAAGUAAUUCUGGGGCCCAAGUGACAAAGAACCUUUCAACAAAAGAAGACUGCGGGAGUGCAAAAUCGAAGGUUGACCAUCAUUCGGAAGAUGAUCAUGAAGUUUCUGCUAGCAAAUCGACUCCAGAAACCCUAAAUGGAAGUCAUCUGCAUGUACAGUCACAUGAUGUUUCCACCUUUAAUGAAGUACCGAAGUUGUCUAAGGAUCCUAGCCGCACAGUUAACCAAAACGAACCUCGCAAGAUCAUUGGUCGUCCUGUGCCUGAUCAACAUGUAGUUCAAGAUACCAAUCGUCUAGACCUGUCAAGAAAGGAUGUCUCUUGUCAUGUUCCAUUGGCACUAAAAGAAGCUGAAGAGCUUAGACGUUAUGCUGAUCAAAUAAAGGUUUCGGGCUUUGUAUUUGAAUGUAACGAGACUUACUUCCAAGCUGCUUUAAAAUUUCUUCAUGGAGCUUCUCUUUUGGAGAAUGAUUCAUACAGAGAGUUGAAUCAAAUACAAAUCUACUUGAGUGCUGCAAAACUUUUCGAAUCAUGUGCCCAUGAAUAUGAACAGCAACAGGAAAUGGCCCCAGCAGCGUUGACUUAUAAAUGCAUGGAGGUGGCAUACAUGAAGGUGGUUUAUUGUAAAAGUUCAAAUUCCAGUAAACACUGGCAUGAGUUGCAAGCAAGUUUGCAAAAUGCAACUCAAGGUGAAUCUCCUUCAUCUUCUGCAUCUGAUAUUGAUCAUUUGAACAAUCAAGUUGUGGUGGAGAAGGCUCCAUUAUCUAAAAGCGAUGGUUCUUCUUCUGGGAGUCAUGUUAUAGCUCCCAAAAACCGUCCAAACUUUGUCCGGCUGCUUGAUUUUACCAAAGAUGUGAAUUCUGCUAUGGAGGCCUCAGAAAAAUCCCAGAAUGCUUUUGUGGCAGCAAAUUUAAUUCUUGAAAAGGCUAAAAAUGAGGAAGGAAAAAUUGCUCUGAAAAGGGUCAUUGAUUUCAACUUUCAGGAUGUAGAGGAAUUUGUACAUUUAGUGCGGAUCGCGGUUGAGUCCAUUAGUCGGAAAGGUUUUGGCGGCAGUAGAGAUUAACAUUGUACAUAACGUGUUCCGGUGCUUUAACCGUCACAGGUGCAGGGAUUUGGAUUCGACGACACACACGCUGCAACUCGCUAUUCAUUGAAAAGAUGAAGAAUCGCAGCUUAGUUUUACCCUUGUGUAUAUGUGUAUAAAGUGGGAUAGUUUUGUUAGUUUCAUGGUAGUAUUAAGAUAUGGAUUUUUCAACUGUGUCUAACAAGAUAAAGGGCAUAGCAUGAUUAUUUAACCCCUUGAAUUAGUGGGGUUGUUGAGUAGAGAGAAAAAGUUAGAAUUUUUAGCUGUUUUAAGAGGAAUUUAGAGUGCAAUUUUGAUAAAUUCAAUCACAUUGAAGGCCAGAGGGAACAUUGGUGAUUUAGCUGUUGAGCAAACUCAGUUAAAUUAGCUGCGGGAAACUGUAUACAGAUACAGAUGUAGUUUUGACUAGCCCAUUGAUGGUCUUUCUCAAUUAUUUACUCUCCCAAUUUUGAUGUCUUUGAGUUUGAUGUCUUGAAUCAGCUAACUUGUUGUGUGCGGUGCAGUAAUUGAUGUGCAGCCAAAUUCAAGUAUGUAUAUAUUAGACAUUUUUAUUUCCUUUAUAAACC